AUGAACAAUACAGACAAUGCAAAUAUAAUGUCCACUGUAUUAGACACUCAUCAUCAAUCUCACAAUUAUCAACAACAACAAAAGGAUUAUAAUUCUCAUGACCAUUCUCAUUCUCAUUCUCAUCAUCACUCUCAACAGCGACAAAGACAACAGAAUAAUAAAUCAAUGAUGAAAGAUGGAUCUCUACCGUCUCAUUCCAUCAGGAAGCAUUUAAAACAACAAGAACGACAAUCAUACAACGUGACUCUAAAACCAAGAGAAAAAUACACUAAAAUCAUGGUAUUAAAAUCAUUAAAUAGUACAUUCGAUACAAAAUAUUUAAUUGUACCUUUCAAACCUAACGGAUUGAAAUUCGGUAGACCAGUAGCUAACCCCACUGCUGCCUCUAAUGCUCCACCGCAACCACCCCCGCCUUCUUCUUCCUCAUGCUCAUCAUCCUCAAAUAAUAAUAAUAAUAAUAAUAACAAUGCAUCAAUUGAUCUAUCAGCAACUUCUUGUUCUUCAAUAAUUCAAGUUAGACAAGAUAAUGGAUACUUCGAUUCAAGAGUCCUAUCAAGAAAUCACGCAUUGUUAAGUUGUAACCCCACAAAUGGAUCCAUAUACAUUAAAGAUUUGAAAUCAAGUAAUGGAACAUUCGUCAAUGGUGAAAGAUUGACUGAUUCGCAAGAUAAAGAAUUAAAUAUCGGCGAUGUGUUGGAUUUGGGGACCGAUAUUGAUACUAAGUUUGAUCAUAGGAAAAUUAGUGCUUUCAUUGAAGAUAUCUUUAUACUACCUCUAGUUGACAAUGAUGACACCACAACAAGAACAGCGAGUAGUGAUGCCACAACAAUAGCGGGUGACGAUUUACUGAAGGCUGGUUUUGAAACUACGUUGUUUGGUGAUGUUGUGGAUGAAAUUACAUUAGAGGAGACCCUAUUCGGAUCGGAUGAUAAUAAUGAAAUAUUAAGUGGUAUUUUCAUUAAUAAUUCCAUUGGAACAAAUAAGAAAUUGAUUGAUGUGAUUAAAUCCUUUGGAGUUACGGUAUCUUUGAACAAUCAUCAACUUUUAACUGCAAAAUCUGUUGAAACUUUCCUAAUGGAUUAUUCUAAUGAAUUGGACAAGUUACAUAAAUUGUUGACCGAAAGGAAUGAUAAACAUUUAUCUCAUUUACAAAAUAAUUUAAGACAAGCAUUGACUAAACAACAGGAAUCGUUGAUGAAAGAUCAUCAAAAGGAAUUAAAUGAUAUUGAAAAUGAUCAACAUGCUAUGGAAAAGCAAUUUAAACUGGACGAAAUUGAAAAUAAUAAUCGAUUGAAAGAAAUUGAAUUGGAAUUGGAAGAUUUAAGAACAAGAUUGGAAGUUGAAAGAUAUAAAAAUUCUCAAUUACUGAAAGAUUAUGAUGAAAUGAAAGAGAAAACAAAGGAGAAACAACAAGAUGGAGACACUAUUGUUGUCGAUACCGAAACUGAAAGCAAAACUGAGAAACCACGAAUGGAUAAGGAAAAACAUGCUACCAACGAUAAUAGAGAAACUAUAAAUAAAGGGAGUGUACGACAGCCUUGUUACAUUGAUAAGGGAAACAAGCGGGAAAAGACGUAUUCGCAUAAUUUCCUUCCAUUAUUCACUCUAGGUGCCAUAUCUAUGGGUAUUUUUGCAUUCACUUUAAAACACUUUUUUCUCUAA